UUAGCAUUAUUAGUAUACUGUAGUAUGUUGGUUAUGUGCUCCUUAAAGGCUUGUUGUCAUCCAGCGACAUAGGUUUGCGUUUCUUGCACACACCCUGCAUGUUAGCAGAAGUCGGAGGGAAUCAGCUGCCGUCCAUGAAUUGCAGAGAGAAGUUGUAGUUAGCGUUGAAGUAUCGGCGUGUCGCUGGAGGAAACGGACUAUGUCGGCAAAUAAAACAAAGAAAGUCAAAAUGGCUACUAAAUCUUGUCCUGAAUGCGACCAACAGAUUCCAGUGGCCUGCAAGUCCUGCCCGUGUGGUUAUGUGUUUAUUAGCAGAAAGCUCCUAAAUGCCAAGUUAAACGAGCGCUCUCCAGCCAUAGCAGAUAAGCUGGACUUUAAGCGGAGGAGGACAGAGCGAAUUCGCAGAGAGAGGAUCGACUCUCCUUUAACCGGUGACAUGGAGAACAGGAGAAGGUCCCGGGCCAACAGCCAGUCAGAUCCUAUCCGGAGGGGACGAGGUAGACCAAAAUCAGUGGGGCUCAAGAAACAGGAAGAGGAGAGAGAGAAACAAGAGAAGGAGGUGGAUAUCUAUGCCAGUCUUUCUGAUGAGAAGGCCUUUGUGUUUUCUGUGGCCUUGGCUGAGAUUAACCGCAAGAUCCUGGGUCAGAAACUCAUCUUAUAGAUGAAAGCCUGAAUGACUGAGAGACCCAGCACAGAGGACCUAUCACAGGACAGCUAUCACAGAGGAUGACCAAAGAGGGCAUCACUGGCUGGAGCUAAACUUUGACCUGGAUGAGCUUCACUUGGAUGAUGGCCAUGAAGACAGUGAAUUUUCUUAAAGGGAUUAAAAACAUAUAGACAUCAAUCACCGGUAUGUACAGUACACACCAUGUAUUUAGUAGAUCUGCUGAUAGAGCAGGUCACAUGAGCUUAUUUCAGAUGAAUUUCACCUUGUUUGGAACGUGGAGGAAACAAAGUAACAAAAAGCUGCAGCAAACUCAAGGCGGUGUCCGGGGAUUGUGAGGCACUGCUGAGGUAGUGGAUAUGUUACUGUUGGUUAAUCGACGUUCUCUUUGAUGGGCCAUAGCAAAAUGCCGUAUAUCCCUGUAUUAUGCGAUUAUAUCACAAUAUAUAUAAGAUAUAAAGACACCAUACACCCUAAAUAGGGCAGACAGUCUGGGCUCAAACGCCUUUCUUUAGACCAUUUUUUCAAAAUCAUCACAUCCCACUUGUUACCAGUGGAUCAGUUAUCAAACCAGUUAAACUAAGGGUCUGUUAUCAAACACUCUCAACGAGUAUCUGGACUGUCAAUCCAGAAAGGUUCUCAGUUUUACCAUUAAACAGAAAAUGCAUAUGUUGAAUCAAACAUGUGAGCAAAUGAGCUUUUAGUGCUGGAAAAACAGCAAGAAUUUUAACUGCCAUUCUGUCUGCGGUUGUAACUGCUGAUCCUAACCUGGCUCACCUCAGACACAGCCAUGGAUAAAGUUUAUCUAAAAUGAUUUACAGGUCUGUAGUUUACAUAUUGUUCAGUGGCCAAAGGGUAUAUUUCUUAAGAGAGAUCACCAAUGAUUCCUGUAAAUCUGGAUUAGUUAUAGAACAUUGUGUUGCACAAAGCAGGUUUUAGUUUCAGCAGGGAUGGGAACAGUGAUGCUGCAGAGGAGGAGAAAGUGAGAAAACAGCCCUAGCUUCAGUUAAAGCAACCUGUGGAUGCAGUUUGGAUUUUAAACUCGCAGCUAAUAAGGAAGGAGCCUGACGUGAACACUACAGUCAUGGAGACUGGUACUCUGCUACCCAGACAGGAAAAGAAGUGUCAAACAGAUGCCCAGUACCAGCACACAGACUGGGCCAACAAACACACACUGAACCAGUGUGUAAGUCUGUCACUCGCCUCCGUAAGGGUUGGAAGAGUAACUCACAUUUACACAUUUAUAGCCUUUCAUUUCAAAAGAGCUGCGGUUAAACGUUUUUAGACACUGAGAGAACGAUUAAAGACGUAGCUUCACCUCCCACAGUUUCAUCAGCAGUGACAAAAAAGAAAUUCUUGUCAGUGGUGUGAAGCCUCUGCAGCAGGACAUACUUCAACAUUUAGUCUCAGAAUGUAUCACAGGUUAUUAUUUAAUAUGUUUUUUUUUCGUUGUUAUAUAUGUAACAUGUAAGCCACAACUGUAACUUUCUUUCUCUGAACACUUCACGGUGAAUACACACUAAUUUACAGAUAAUGUGAUCAAUAAAGUUUUCUUGAAAUAAA